GAAAUUUCAUUUCAAAAUAUUAGAAUUCCUUACCUCGAUUCCAUCCACCCAGUCAACGAGACCUCUGCUACCCACCGCCUCUUCUUCAACACCUUCCCCACCAUCUUCUCUGCAUCCCUUAAUGCAGUCUCCAACACAAAGGGAAUGGAGAAAGGAUCUUCCCCAACCAAAAGAUGAAGCUUUUCAGCUGAACCUCCCUCCCAGCUUGGAUUUUUGUUCAUGGUGAAGAGGUCUGGAGCCAAUAGUCAUUGAGCAUCCAAGGACCCUCCAAACUCCCUUGUAAUUUUGGUUCAAGCCAUCCAAAAAUGGCUUCUUCCAGCACCCAUAGAGCCUCUUCUUCGACUACUUCUAUUUCUCGUAAUUAUGAUGUGUUCUUGAGUUUUAGAGGUGGCGAUACUCGCAAAAAUUUCACUGAUCAUCUAUAUACCACAUUGACUGCAUCUGGAAUUCAAACUUUCAGAGAUGAUGAAGAACUUGAGAAAGGAGGAGAUAUUGCAUCUGAUCUCUUGAGAGCUAUAGAAGAAUCGAGGUUUUUUAUUAUUAUUUUCUCAAAAAAUUAUGCUUACUCCAGAUGGUGUUUAAAUGAACUCGUAAAGAUCAUUGAACGCAAGAGCCAAAAGGAAUCAAUGGUUCUACCAAUUUUCUACCAUGUGGAUCCAUCUGAUGUACGAAACCAAAGGGGAAGUUUCGGAGACGCACUUGCCUACCAUGAAAGAGAUGCAAAUCAAGAAAAGAAGGAGAUGAUACAAAAGUGGAGGAUUGCCUUGAGAGAAGCAGCUAAUCUAUCUGGAUGCCAUGUGAAUGACCAGUAUGAGACUGAGGUUGUCAAGGAAAUUGUUGAUACAAUCAUUAGAAGAUUAAACCAUCAACCUUUAAGUGUGGGAAAGAGCAUAGUUGGAAUUGGUGUUCAUUUGGAAAAAUUGAAAUCGUUGAUGAACACUGAGUUAAAUAUGGUUAGCGUCAUAGGGAUAUAUGGAAUUGGUGGGGUUGGCAAGACUACUAUCGCCAAGGCUAUUUAUAAUGAGAUCUCACAUCAAUAUGAUGGUAGUAGCUUUCUUAUAAAUAUCAAAGAGAGAUCCAAAGGUGAUAUACUUCAGUUACAGCAAGAACUUCUUCAUGGUAUCCUAAGGGGAAAAUUUUUUAAAAUAAACAAUGUUAAUGAAGGAAAUAGUAUGAUAAAGAGGUGUCUAAGGUCCAAUAGAGUUCUUGUUAUUUUUGAUGAUGUGGAUGAGUUGAAACAACUAGAAUAUUUGGCUGAAGAGAAAGAUUGGUUUCAUGCAAAAAGUACAAUCAUCAUUACAUCUAGAGACAAACACGUGCUUGCUCAAUAUGGAGUGGAUAUACCAUAUGAGGUUUCAAAAUUAAACAAGGAAGAAGCUAUUGAGCUCUUUAGUUUGUGGGCCUUUAAACAAAAUCGUCCCCAAGAAGUUUAUAAAAACCUCUCAUACAAUAUCAUAGAUUAUGCUGAUGGCCUUCCGUUAGCACUUAAAGUUUUAGGUGCUUCUCUUUUUGGAAAGAAAAUAAGUAAUUGGGAAAGUGCACUGUGUAAGCUAAAAAUAAUACCCCACAUGGAAAUUCACAAUGUACUUAGAAUAAGUUUUGAUGGACUUGAUGAUAUAGAAAAGGGGAUAUUUUUGGAUAUUGCAUGCUUUUUCAAAGGAGAUGAUAGAGAUUUUGUUUCAAGAAUAUUGGGCCCUCAUGCAGAGCAUGCAAUAACAACUCUAGAUGAUAGAUGUCUCAUAACUGUUUCAAAAAACAUGCUAGAUAUGCAUGAUUUAAUACAACAAAUGGGUUGGGAGAUUAUUCGUCAAGAAUGCCCUGAAGACCCUGGAAGAAGGAGUAGAUUGUGGGAUUCUAAUGCCAAUGAUGUGCUAAUAAGAAAUAAAGGGACACGAGCAAUUGAAGGACUAUUCUUAGAUAGAUGUAAAUUUAAUCCAUUACAGAUUACUACAGAAUCUUUCAAAGAGAUGAAUAGACUUAGACUGCUUAAUAUCCAUAACCCUCGUGAAGACCAGCUAUUUCUUAAAGACCAUCUUCCAAGGGACUUUGAAUUCUCUUCUUAUGAGUUAACAUAUCUGCAUUGGGAUGGAUACCCUUUAGAAUCUUUGCCAAUGAAUUUUCACGCAAAGAACCUUGUUCAACUCGUAUUAAGAGGCAGCAAUAUAAAGCAAGUUUGGAGAGGGAAUAAGCUUCAUGACAAGUUGAGGGUUAUUGAUCUCAGUUACUCUUUCCAUCUCAUCGGAAUCCCAGACUUCUCAAGUGUGCCAAACUUAGAGAUUCUAAUUCUAAUAGGGUGUGUAAACUUGGAGCUUCUUCCAAGAAACAUUUACAAGUUGAAACACCUUCAAAUUUUGUCUUGCAAUGGCUGUUCAAAGCUAGAGAGAUUUCCAGAAAUCAAGGGCAAUAUGAGAAAGCUAAGGGUACUUGAUUUGAGUGGAACAGCUAUAAUGGACUUACCAUCAUCAAUUACACAUCUAAAUGGUCUUCAAACUCUCCUACUUCAAGAGUGUUCAAAGCUCCACAAAAUCCCUAUUCAUAUUUGCCACUUAUCAUCAUUGGAAGUAUUGGACCUAGGUCACUGCAACAUAAUGGAAGGAGGAAUUCCUAGUGAUAUUUGCCAUUUAUCAUCAUUACAGAAACUAAAUCUGGAACGGGGCCAUUUUAGUAGCAUACCCACUACCAUCAAUCAGCUUUCCAGCUUGGAAGUCCUUAACCUUAGUCACUGCAACAAUCUUGAACAAAUUACAGAGCUUCCAUCAUGUCUACGGCUUUUAGAUGCACACGGUUCAAAUCGCACUUCAUCAAGAGCCCCGUUUUUGCCAUUGCAUUCUCUGGUCAAUUGCUUCCGUUGGGCGCAGGAUUGGAAGCACACUAGUUUUAGGGAUUCUUCCUACCAUGGCAAGGGAACUUGUAUUGUUCUUCCCGGAAGUGAUGGAAUUCCCGAAUGGAUAUUGAAUCGGGGAGAUAAUUUUUCUAGCGUAAUAGAGCUCCCUCAGAAUUGGCACCAAAAUAAUGAGUUUUUGGGAUUUGCUAUAUGCUGUGUUUAUGUUCCACUCUCUGAUGAAUCUGAGGACAUACCCGAAAAGGAAUCUGCACAUGGGCCCGAGAAUGAAUCAGACAAUAAAUCUGAGGAUGAAUCUACUCAUUCAUGGGAGAAUGAAAGAGAUGAUAAAUCUGUGGCUGAAUCUUUUCAUAAGAAUGAACAUAAACAUACACAUUCUUGUCGUCUGGAGUGUUUUCUGGGUGCUCUUGGUGAUAGUUUUGAUUUUCAAUUUGUAGAUCGUCCCGGCUUUCAAUCCACUUGUUUUUGCUAUAAAGAAGACAAGGGCGAAGAUAAUGAGAGUGUAUCAGGUCAAACGUGGGUGGUUUGCUAUUCCAAGGCGGCUAUUCCGGAAAUGUUUCACUCUUAUCAAUUGACUGAUAUUUUGGCUCGAUUUCACAUUUAUUCUGAAAAAGCCUUGAAAGUGAAGGAGUGUGGAGUCCGCCUAAUAUACUCCCAAGACCUUCAACAAAGCCACGAGGAUGCAGAUGUUAGAAUAUGCAGAGCAUGCCGACAGGAUGGGACGCUUCGACGGAAGUGCUGUUUUAAGGGCAGUGAUAUGAAUGAAGUACCCAUUAUCGGGAAUCCCUUGGAACUUGAUAGCUUAUGUCUGCGGGAUUGCAAAAAUCUUACGAGUCUGCCCAGUAGCAUUUUUGGUUUCAAAUCCCUUGCAACUCUCUCCUGCUCUGGCUGUUCACAACUAGAGAGCAUUCCAGAAAUCCUGCAAGAUAUGGAGAGCUUGAGAAAGCUUUCUUUAAGUGGAACCGCCAUAAAAGAGAUACCAUCAUCAAUUCAACGUCUAAGAGGGCUUCAAUAUUUGCUUCUGUCAAACUGCAAAAACCUUGUGAAUCUUCCCGAGAGUAUUUGUAAUUUGACAUCUUUGAAAUUUCUCAUUGUCGAAAGCUGUCCUAGCUUCAAGAAAUUGCCAGACAACUUGGGGAGACUACAAUCUUUACUUCAUCUUAGUGUUGGGCCUUUAGAUUCAAUGAAUUUUCAAUUGCCUUCUUUGUCCGGUUUAUGCUCCUUGAGGCAAUUAGAGCUUCAAGCCUGCAAUAUAAGGGAAAUUCCCAGUGAAAUUUGUUACCUAUCAUCACUGGUAAUAUUAUGUCUGGGGGGCAACCACUUUAGUCGCAUACCUGAUGGGAUCAGUCAACUUUACAACCUAAAACAUCUUGACUUGAGUCACUGCAAGAUGCUUCAACAUAUUCCAGAACUUCCAUCACGUUUAAGGUGUCUAGAUGCCCAUCACUGUACAUCCUUGGAAAAUUUAUCCAGUCAAUCAAAUCUACUCUGGUCUUCUUUAUUCAAAUGUUUUAAAUUCAAAAUUCAGGGGCGUGAAUUUAGAAGAAGUGUCAGAACUUUUUUUGCUGAAAGUAAUGGGAUUCCGGAGUGGAUAAGCCAUCAGAAAAGCGGGUUCAAAAUAACAAUGAAACUUCCUUGGAGUUGGUAUGAAAACGAUGACUUCUUGGGCUUUGUUCUGUGCUCUCUUUAUGUUCCACUUGAGAUUGAGACCAAAACACAUAGGAUUUUCAGCUGUAUAUUGAAUUUCGGUGAUGAUAGUGAUUCUUUUCUCUUUGAUGAUCUGCGAUUGGAACAAAUUUGUGAAUGCUGCUAUUAUGAAGAUGCAUCAAAUCAAGGGUUGUUGGUAUAUUAUUCUAAGUCGGAUAUUCCCGAGAAAUUUCACUCAAAUGAAUGGAGAACCUUGAACGCUUCAUUUAAUGUCUACUUUGGUAUUAAACCAGUGAAAGCGGCGAGGUGUGGCUUCCACUUUCUAUAUGCCCACGAUUAUGAACAGAACAAUCUCACAAUGGUACAAGGUAGCAGUUCUUCUCAUGUGGAUUUGGGUGGCCAUAGAUCAGCUGUACAAGAUACCAAUGGUACUCAUUCUCAGAGAAGCUGUGACACGAGAUCAACUGUAGAAGAUACGAAUACUGAUCUGGAGAGACACUGUGAUGGCACCACCCUGAUUGAUGGUAUUGGUGUUGAUGCCCAAGACCAUGAAAUGGACCAUAUGCACAGGUGGCUGGAGCUUCUUUGCAAAUUUGUUCAUUGGAUAUGCUGUACAAGACACUAAUUUCAAGUAACAGAAUUGUUGAUGUUGACCAAACAUUUAUCUCUACUUUUUGAUCAAACAUUUUGUUGGAUAAGUUGGUGCGCAUCAAGCUUUGAUGGGAUAUUCCAAGCUGCUAAAUACAUAAUGUCAAAUGUCCAACCUCUAUCGGUUAAGCUAUGGUUAUCCUUAUUAAUCAAGGCAAGUCAAAUACUUCAAACCAAUUUCUAAAUUUCGAUUAAAGUCAUGCCAAUUUGAACUCAUGUUUUUGUACUAUACAUAAUUCUUGGUGUAAAGAGAGAAUCUCCGAGCUAGAAUGAGCAAUCAAAUUAGGUGGGAAAGAACAUUUCAAUUACAAGUAUCUUGUUUUGGAAUACUUUAAGAUGCAUGUUGGUAUUUGUUCCUAUGUAUUUCAAAUAAGCAAAAAUAUAAAAUUAUGGCAUUGCAUUUCUUAACUAAAGCUAA